GGUUUGUUCAAUAAGUAUGACCUUAAGUGUCAUAUGAACAUGAAUCUUGAAACUAAAAAAGCUAACCUUCGUCUUUCGGGUAUCAAGCAAGUUUCUUUCUCUAAAGAAGAGUUGGCGGUACAAAGAAAAAAUAAAAGAAACUUAAAUAAGCGAGAUAAUAAAAAACAAGUUAACAAAAAACAUGCAAUAUUUGGAGAAAUAGAAGCUGAUAUACUGUUUAAGAACUUGUUCAAUAAAUAA